GCUCAAGUUGCCAUCCUUCCUUCCGAGCCUUCAGCAAUGGCGUUCUGCACAUACGAGGCAACCUUCAUCUCGGUCAAGGAGCCGAAGCCGGGCAAGUUUCCGCGCUCCAAGAGCGCAGGGGCCAAUGUGCCGCGACCACCUUGCCCUGUGACAUCCUAUGUGGAGAGCUUGGAGAAGCGAGCCUCGGCCUUGACUUUUCUGGAACCUCAGGUUGGGUCAGCGGGCAGCUCGGGCCACCCCGAGCUUUGCUUCAAGCCCUGCCUGUACCUGGCCUACGGUUCGUGUCCCAGUGGCACAUCAUGCAACUUCUGCCACUUGCCACACCCAAACCGAGCCAAGUACGGAAGGGACCGCGAGCUGCUCAGGCAGUUAAGCGAGGCUGAUCUUUUGGGAUUGAUACUCCCACACCUUCGUGCUAAGAAGAUCCAGGGCGCAGAUCAUUUGCUGGACCUCAUGGAGGCUCACCUGGCAUCCCUCCCCGCCGCUCCUUCGCAGAUUCGCCCUUCGCAGAUUCGGGGGCUUGCAAAUGUCGGUGGACGCCUGGGGAGGCUCGGCUUUCGCCAGCUCGUGCUCCUCGCCUUGCGUGGACCUGGAGUGCCCGGAGUGCAGGCGGCUUUGGCCGCGCUGAAGCCGGAAGUGGCCAGCGGCGUUUGACGAUGUGAGAGUGAGUCGGUGAAGAAGGAGUUUGCAAGCGGCCUCCACGCCCGGAACAAACCACCCAAAGCA